ACUGUAGACAAUGUAGUGUAGUAGUGUAGACAGUGUAGUUCACAGUGGUUCACUGUUCAGUGAAGAAUGCUUGCAGUGUCUCGGAGUAGCGUUUAGAAAUGUGCUUUGUAUAAUCAUGACAAUAUCUACAUGAUUGUACUCAUGAGUCAUGUAUUGUGACACAGUUUUGUGAAAGCGAGUAAGACUCUACUAGUCUGGUACUACAGUCAGUGUACUAGUAAACCAUCGUCAUCGCCGAAUCAAUACUAGUAGUAGUACUGUAAUAAAGGCGAGACAGGGUAAGGGUUUUUCGGCGGUUGUGUAGCAACUGGCAAGUCUUCACCAGUUUACCACUCACUCAAGAGAGCUCAUCUACCACCUCGCUACACGUGCAGAAUCAGACUUCACAAAAUCGUUGGCUGGUGCAUUUUGUCAACUGAACACAGACGGUCACACCUCAACCAACUGUAUGAUGAUUUGGACAACAAUGCUUGUCUUCACCACCAUUCUAGGCGUUCUGAUUUCGUCCAGCGCAGUCGUCGCCAAGCAAACAAUAAACUACAAAUAUGUGAACGGCCAACCCCUACAGAUUGAUGUGUUUGACUAUUCCGGUGCAGGAGGCAAGGGGGUGCACACACCGGCACCGGCUAUCAUCUACAUCCACGGUGGAGGCUGGGAGCUAUUCAGCAAGAACGAUGUGCCGGACUACGUCAACAGCACAGCACAAGCAGGCAACCUUGUUCUGGUCAGCGUACAGUACAGGCUGACAGCUGAAGCACACAAAUGGGGCGGUGUGGACGCCAUCACCUGGCCAGCUCAAGGGGAGGAUUGCCUGGAUGCAGUACAGUAUGUGCAUGAGCAUGCCACAGCGCUCGGCAUAGACCGAGACAGGAUGGCAUGCUGGGGUGGCUCAGCUGGCGGACAUUUGUGUGCUUACACAGCACUGAAAGGCUCAGACAGUUCAAGCAGCAGCAACACUACAACACUCCGGGCAGCAGCAGUUUACUAUCCACCGACAAACAUCCUAGAACUGUACAAUGACAUUGAUCCCAAAGUUGGAAUCGAUAGGCCGGUGUUGAAGGCGGACUCGUUCGAGUCUCUACUGCUUGGCUCAGCCAAGUCUGAGAUCAGCCUUGGGGAUAUCAUACAGAAUAGGAACAGCAGUCAAUCACCUUGGCCAAGCAUGUUACAUCUGGCACAGUCAGUUGACCCAGAGAUGUACAUCAGCGCGAGAUCGCCACAGAUGUUGAUAGCACACGGUACACGGGACCACACGGUACCCUUCAAGCAGGGCCUGCGCUUAGCCACAGCACUAUCAAACGCCAACCGGACUAACAUCUUCCUGACGGCGGACGGUUGUGAUCAUGCCGCUCUGCCAAGAAGCUGCUGGCAGAAGACUAUAGGCGACACUGCAAACUGGCUGUACAAAGUACUGAAGUGAUGGAUGGUAUCGCACCACACAGCACACAGCGCAGAGGACGGUCCAGACAAAACACAUCAAGUCAACUGACAUGUCACCAUCAGGCACUAGAAGCAGAGAAACUAUCCAUACCACUGGAGCAUGGUUAACAUGAUCUCUUCUUCUCUAUUUCUACAUCUGCACAUAGGCACUAGCUCAAGCAACACAUGCAUUGCACUCUAGUAUUGGCUUUAUAGCUAUCAACACAUACACACAUAUGCCCCCCCCCCCCCCCCACACACACACACGCGCACGUGCGCACACAAACAUACACAUGCACGCGUGCGUACGCGCACAAGAGUACACUAUGGGUAUCAGCGGGUUUAUAUAUUAUAUGUUUCAUUUUAAAACUCUUUCAUAGGGCUUAUA